AUGCAGUGGAGUCUGUUUGUGUUCAUUGUGAUGGGUCAGUGUUCCUCCAUUGUGGGUCAGCUGUAUGACUACCACUUCAUUCGAGAGAAGAAGACCUGGAAAGAAGCCCAGGAUCAUUGCAGAAAGUACCACACUGACCUGGCCACAGUGGCUAACCAGACAGACAUGCAGAGACUCCUUAACUCCGCGACUGCACAGCAUGAACGGUAUCCAGACGGAGCCUGGAUUGGGCUGCAAGAAAACACAACAAACAUCGUGUGGCGCUGGUCUCUGUCAGGGGUGGAGUUCAACAAGAGUGAAUGGUCUUACACACAGCCGGAUAAUGUAGACGAUAAUGAGAUCUGUGUGAGGAUGAAUGAUGGCACAUGGGAUGACGACACUUGUUCUGAAACCUAUAAAUUUAUCUGCUAUGAUGUACGUACUAAAUCCGGCAAAACAUUUUAUAUCAGUGACUCUGAGAUGAACUGGACAGACGCUCAGAGCUACUGCAGAAAAGAUUACACUGACCUGAUCAGUGGAGUCAAACAGCUAAAAGACUUCAAGAAACAGUACCCGAGUGAUGCAAACGGAGCUUUCUGGAUCGGCCUGUUCAGAGAAUCUGCCUGGAGUUGGUCAGAUGGGAGCAGUUUCUCUUUCAGAUCCUGGGAUGAUGAUAAACAAGAUCCAGAUUCUAAGAAGACAUGUGCUAUGACUACAUCAAAUGGAAAAUGGAGCUCCGAUGACUGUGAUAAUAAAAAAACCUUCUUCUGCUACGACGAUUCAGUGAUCCUGAUCAAGGAGAACAUGAUCUGGGAGGAUGCGUUAUACUACUGCAGAGAUCACCAUGGCGACCUUGUCUCCAUCACCAACCUGGACGAUCAGCGCUGGGUCCAGGAGAGAGCCAAGAUGGCCUCCACUCCCCACGUGUGGAUGGGACUGCGCUACACCUGCACUCUGGACUUCUGGUUCUGGGUCAGUGACGAGACGGUCCACUACAAGAACUGGGCCCUCCCCCAGUCUGGGAACGACUGCAACAUGUCUGGAGCCAUGGACCGAAAUGGAACUUGGGUCAAACUGAUCGAUGAUGACAACCAGCUUAACUUCAUCUGUUCCAAGUAAAA